GUUACAGCCGAGCACGGCGACACAGGAGUGCCUGCCUGCUGUGGCGGCAGAAGCAAACUGAGGACCGGAAGGAUGGUGCAGUCCUGCUCCGCCUACGGCUGCAAGAACCGAUACGAUAAGGAUAAACCCGUUUCUUUCCACAAGUUUCCUCUUACUCGACCCAGUCUUUGUGAAAAAUGGGAGGCGGCCAUCAGAAGAAAAAACUUUAAACCCACUAAGUAUAGCAGCAUUUGUUCGGAACACUUCACCCCGGACUGCUUUAAGAGGGAAUGCAACAACAAGCUACUGAAGGAGAACGCCGUCCCCACCAUAUUUCUUUGUACUGAACCACAUGACAAGAAGGAAGAUCUCCUUGAGCCACAAAAACAGCUUCCCGUGCCUCCUUUAACGCCUCCCAUUCCCCAGGUUGAUGCCACUAUUGGAUUGCUAAUGCCUCCCCUGCAGACCCCAGAUAAUCUCUCCAUUUUCUGUGACCACAACUACACUGUGGAGGAUACAAUGCACCAGAGGAAAAGGAUCCAUCAACUAGAGCAGCAAGUCGAAAAACUCAGAAAGAAGCUCAAGACUGCACAGCAGCGAUGCAGAAGACAAGAACGACAGCUUGAAAAGUUAAAGGAAGUUGUGCACUUCCAGAAGGAGAAAGACGUAUCAGACGUAUCUGAGAGAGGUUAUGUGAUUCUACCAAAUGACUACUUUGAAAUAGUUGAAGUACCAGCAUAAAAAAAUGAGAUUUGUAUUGGUUUUUAUGGGGUAAUACCACAUACCCUUCUCUAGCCUAUAAAGGAGUUUCAUUUGGAAAAAUAGCACUUGAUUACUUGUAUAAAAACAACUCAGAAUAUUUUUUUUUAAAUAGAUAUAUACUGUAAAACUGUAAAAUGUUUGUUUGUAAUUCAGGGUUUUUACAUUUUAACAAAAUAUUUUAAAAACUGUAAACUAACCUCAGAGCUCCAAUGUAAGGAAGUUGUUUUCAAGAUUAGGGACUUUUUUUUUAAUUUGAGUAUUUAUAGAUAAUGUAAAAAUUAAAAGUAAAGAGAAAGAAAAGUAUAGUAAGGAUGAUUUAAGUUUAAAGUUUAAAAUUAAUGCAGUUUAUUGAGAGAAUUUAGUUAUAUUUUAAAUCAUAAGUAUGGGUCAGAUCAUGCAACACCUCAGAAAAUACAUAUUCUUACAUGUUCUUAUUAGUGAAGGCAAGAUCAUUUCUUAAAAAAAAGAUUGGUUGUCUUCAGAGCAGAAAGUGAAGAGCCAUUCCAUCUAAUUUAAUAUAAACAAUGGAUUUUUUGAAAAGUAGGCCCAUCUUUUUCCCCCCCACUGUCUAGCAUUAUCAAAUUAGAAGUGUAUCUCCCAUGAAAGAAACAUUCUUUGGUAAACACAGUAGGCAUUAUUAUCAAUGAAGUAAUAACAAUUGGGCCUGAUCCAUGAAACACUUUCUUCUCUCAUUACCCCUGAAUGAAGGGACACCCAAUUCCCUAUCCGCAUCCAUAUAUUUAACAGAUGUGUUGUGUUGGUAGUUUGAUGUGUACCAUAAUACAGUAAUCUUGCACUUGGCUAAUUGAUUUUGGUCAAGGCUUCACAUAAAAAAACAUUUUCUUUAACACAAGUUAGAAAUUAUAUCCCAUUUACUUAAAUGAGUGAUCUGUAUCAGAAGCAACCUAAUAUGUACUGUUUAUUUUCCUGAAUGUUGAGAUUUAAACACUGAGGUUUCUGUUCAGAGAGUUGUGUUCUGACUUUCUGUUCAGAGUUGUGAGAUGUUUUACAUAUAUUUGAAAUGAAAAAUACGUUCUGAGUAAAUAUACUGCCAUAGGAAUUACCUACUUAGAUCUAGAAUAACUGUUUGAACUGUAAUUAUUUUAUAUUUCGAAGUACACGGAGAUAGUUGAAGAGCAAGACCUUUUGAGGUAGCAUUAAAGAUAUGAAACAAUGAUGUUCAAAAGUGUCUUUUGUAGACCUGGUUUUCAGUGUAAUUCACUGCCAUGUUGCCAGUGGGUGGUGCUUUGAUUCGUGGAGAUUUGAUUUUUUAUGAGCCAGUAUGUCAAAAAGAGAAAGUUAUGGUUUAGAAGAUGACUUGAAGUUACGUAGUCUGAUAACAUUCAGAACUAAUGCUCAUGAAUUAGAGGACUUUUUCUAGCCAUGCAUGGAUCUCAUCACUGGCUUUGGAAUGCACAGUCUCUGAGUACUUUGUCUUCACAUUUCAUUUCUCUAGAGUUCCUGGAGGAUAGGUGGGUAAAUAUUUUGUAAAGUUUCUGUCUUUGAUCAAAAUUCUCAACUAUGUAAAAGAAAAUCUGUGUGUGUGUUUAUGUGUGUGUGGAAGCAAGAAUCCAACCUUAGUAGCAUCUUAGCAUUAUCAUUUCACCUGAAACUACUUUCUUUUCCUAACAUAAAUCCCUAUUUGGGGAGAACUGACCAAGCAGUAUAUAUACCAACUAUUUGCAUUUAAUGAUAAAUUUAAAUAAUUUAUCAUAGUUUAACAUAGGAAGUUUAAAGUACAGGUGCUUAUUUCUGAAUUUAAGAUGUAGUAUUUGUUAAAUGUUUUUAAAAUUCAUUUUGUCUUUUGUUUAUGACAUUGCCAAGAAAAGGAGAACAUUUAGACUAAAUCAGGUCCUGUUCAAGCAUGGUGAACCUUAGUCUAAAACAGAAACAGGGUCUUAAUUUGGAACAAAUGGGGAGAAGACCUGAACUGUAGCAUAUUCCAAAAGAUGACAUUUAUUUUGAACACAUAUAGUAAUGUACUAAAAUUUUGAUGUGUGUGUGUGACAUAAUCUGGCAACGAUGGUGAGAAAAAAUAACUCUCUUAAUAGAACUGCUAGGAAAACUGUAGAAUCAUAGAAUUUUAGAAUCAGAAGGAACUUUGAAAUCGUUGAACACUAAUAAGCUUAACCGCCAAACUGCAGAAAUCCUUGUAGAAUAUCCCUGGGUGGUCAUCUGUUCUGUUUGCUAUUUAUAUCUAAGUAAUUAUUCAGCUUAGAUUCUUUAAAAUGGGUUUCUGGAUUAGAAUAGAAUUAGUUGCCACUUUUUAUACUUGUUUAUAACGCAGAUCUAAACUUCACUUUGAACUGCAUACUUUGAACUAUCAAAUUCCAAAUUAAAGUUUAAAAUUUUUGUAA